AUGGUUUCUACGUCGUCGCCUUCGUCUAAAAUCACCAUCGCCGUCACGCAGGCAGAGCCGGUGUGGCUGGACCUCGAGGCCACCGUUGACAAGACCUGCAAGCUCAUCGCGGAGGCCGCAAAGAAUGGCGCCAAGAUCAUCACAUUCCCCGAAGUUUGGAUCCCCGGCUACCCCGCCUGGAUCUGGUACAGCCACCCGUUCACGCAGUCGAUACUCGCACCCCGUCGGUCAUCUUCUAACUGUGCGCGCAGGUCACGGAACAUGGACCCGGAACUCACCACCCGCUACAUUCAGAACUCGCUCAAGCUCGGCUCCCCGCAGGCCGAGUGCAUCACCCAGUGCGCCGCCGAGCACGGCAUCGUCGUCGUGCUCGGCUUCUCCGAGAACGUCCACGAGUCGCUGUACAUGUCGCAGGCGGUCAUCGACGCCGACGGGCAGGUCCGCGUCACGCGCAGCAAGAUGAAGCCGACGCACAUGGAGCGCACCAUCUUCGGGGACUCGCGCGGCGACUGCCUGGCGGGCGUGGCGGACACGGCGGCCGGGAGGGUCGGCGCGCUCAACUGCUGGGAGCACCUCCAGCCGCUGCUCAAGUACCACAUGUAUGCGCAACGGGAGCAGAUUCACGUUGCCUCGUGGCCGCCCGUGCACGCCGAUGUGCCCGAAGGCUGUCUAGAGUCCAUGUCCGGAAGAGGUAUAGCCGCCAUCGCGCAGGUCUACGCGAUGGAGUCGCAGUCGUUCGUGCUGCACACGACAUCAGUCAUCGGCCCGUCUGGCAUUGAGCUGAUGUCCCUCCCGCGGGGAGCGCUGAUGAGCACGCCCGGCGGUGGAAACUCGUGCGUCUUCGGGCCGGACGGGAAGAAGUUGACGACGGACAUUCCGGAGCACGAGGAGGGCAUUGUUUACGCCACGAUUGACCUAAAUGACAUUCUCAAGGCGCGAGCGUUUAUAGACGUUUGCGGCCACUACAGUCGGCCGGAUCUCCUGUGGCUGGGUGCUGACAAGGACAUUAAGCGACAUGUGAGAGAUCUGUAA